ACAUCCUUAAUUGAUUGUAUUAAAAAAAGCAAUGAAUGUGAAAAUGCGUGCAAAAUGAGAAAUUGAUCAAUUUUGUCGUAUAUUCAUUGAUAAUACCUUAUUAAUUGCAUAAAGAAACCUAUAAUUGUCCAAAAUGAGCGAACGGAAGAGCAAGAAAAGUAAAGCUGACAUCGCGAAGCAGUUUGACUUGCCUGAGAGGCAGUCUAAGAUCACAUCGCUGCUGAACCAGGCUGGACAAGCGUAUUGCAUAUGCCGAUCAUCAGACAGCUCGCGUUUUAUGAUAGCCUGUGAUGCCUGUGAAGAGUGGUAUCACGGAGAUUGCAUAAAUAUAUCAGAGCGAGAGGCAAAGUACAUAAAGAACUAUUUCUGUGAGCGUUGCCGGGAAGAAGACCCUACUCUGAAGACUCGGUUCAGGCCGCAGAAGAGAGAGAAUGAAGAUGAGCCUGCAGUCCGAGAUGACAGAAAGAAGAAACGCAAGGAGAAGGACCACUCGGAGAACAAGUCUAAAAGAACGAGCAACAAAGAUGGUUGCGGCGACUGCCCAGGAUGCUUGCAGCUACAGGAUUGUGGACACUGUGAAGCAUGUGAGGACAUGUUCAAGUUUGGUGGCAACAACAAGCUGAAGAUGAAGUGCAGGCAGCGGGUCUGCAUACUCAAGAGUAAGAAGCCUUCGCGCCAAUCCAGCAGCAGCAACCGUGUGAAAAAGAAGCAUCACGAGCGAGAGACGUACGAGCCUGAAGAAUCCAUAGCGCACUUGCAGACUAUGGAGCCGAGGCAGUGCUACGGACCUCAGUGCACUAAGGCGGCUUUGUAUGGAUCGAAAUAUUGCUCCUCGCAGUGUGGGAUCAGGCUGGCCACCGCGAGGAUUUAUCAAGUACUUCCCCAGCGCAUUCAAGAGUGGUCCCUAUCAAGCUGCGUGGCUGAGCAGCGCAACCGCAAGGCGCUCGAAGUAGUCCGCAGCGGCCUGGCUCGAGCUCAAGCCGCUCUGAGGGCUCUGGACCAGCAGCAUGCUGCUUUAGACGCCACAGUGCAGCGCGCCAGACAUGCCACCAUACAGGAGCAGCCUGAGAAGGAAGCCGACGACGAAACAUCAAUGUAUUGCAUCACGUGCGGCCAUGAGAUCCACUCUCGCACCGCCGUCAAACAUAUGGAGAAGUGCUUCAUCAAGUACGAAGCCCAGGCGUCUUUCGGCUCGAGGCAUCGCACGAGAAUUGACGGGCAGAGCAUGUUCUGUGACUAUUACAAUCCUGCUAACGGGACAUACUGCAAGCGACUCCGGGUGAUGUGCCCCGAGCACUUCAAAGACCCGAAAGUGAGCGACACGGACGUGUGCGGCUGCCCGCUCGUGCGCCGCCUCUUCGAGCCCACCGGAGACUUCUGCCGCGCGCCAAAGAAGUCCUGCCUCAAGCAUUACCAGUGGGAGAAGCUUAGGAGGCGGAGAUUGACAUGGAGAGGGUCCGACAGUGGCUGAGAGCUGAUGAGUUGGUUGAACAGGAGAGGAGUAUCAGACACGCUAUGGCUUCUAGAGCGGGCGUGCUGGGCCUGAUGCUGCACUCGACCUACAACCACGAGGUGAUGGAGCGCAUCACGGGCAAGGUCAACGAUAAGCCGAAGGACUCCUGACACAGGCCGCGGCACAAGAAGAAAAGACCAGUAGAAACCACUACCGCUGCAGAGAAUGUGACCGUCGCAAAGUAAUAGGCUACUUGACCCUUUUUUAAAGUCUAUUUUAUAU